AUGCUGUCCCGGCUGACCCGAAGGAAACCAGCUAGAGCUCGUUAUGUCCCUCCGCCUCAAGGCUUGGAGCCUGAGGUAGAUGUAAUGGAUCCUGCUCUUCAGUCAUCUACUGACUCCGGCGCAGAUGCACCUCCCCCUCCACCUCCUCCACGCGGUGCGAGAGGAAGCAAUGCUUCGCUGUUGAGAUUGGACAGUGGUGGUGGUAGUGGUAGUGCGAAUCUGUUGCCGUCGUCUCUGCCUUUGGUCGCACCUCCAAGAUUGUCAGCUAACUCAAGUGGGAGGACAACUUCAGACAGAAUAUCUGGUGUUAAUAUGAAUAUGACUUCGAACCUAAAUCAUUCAGGAUCUUUCAGUCAUAUGGGUAGUGAAAUUUCACCUCAAUUGAAAGCAAAUUCACGUCAGAAUGACAAUAUAGUCCCCUUAGAACCGGAGUCUAAUGAUACUCCUGUCUCCGAGUUUCACUCUCAUAAGAACGACAGCAACAGUGAUAAUAUUGGAUAUCAACAACAACCUACGCCAUACGGAGAUGAUCCGUUCUCUUACGGUAGUGUCAAUGCUGAAGAGGGUGCUGGUAAAUCUGUUGAUGAUCCCUCAGGCCAUGUCCCAUUUGAUUUGAAGGAAGAUGAAGACGUUGGAUGGGCGGAUUACGCGGAAGACUUUGAUGAUGAUCAAUUGAAUUCCCCUCAGAAAGUUGCCCCCUACUCAGAGGAGCAACAUCAUCAAGAUAAUGUCUAUCAAGAACAAGGGUACGCUCAAUAUAACCACUUUGAGGUUGAAAUUGUGCAUCAACAAGAUUUAAAACAUGAUAUCGACCACGAGAGCGACCACCAGAUCGACAACUACGAUGAGCAAUCUCAGGCACAAGCAUACAAAUACCCCCCCACGGAUGACCAUGUGGAAUCAACUGUUUAUGAAGAUAAUGAACAUGCUACUAUUGAUGAAUUUUCUCAUCAACAGGACCAUCAAGAAGAACACGAAGAAAUUGAAACAGAGGAACAAAACCUUGAAACGGAGCACAUUGAUGAACAAAAACCCGACCCAAGUCCUUACUAUUGCCAGGAUCAAAGUAGGUACAAUGGUGAAAAGUCUCCUUUGUCUCAUGUUGAAAAAUUGCAUCUGUAUAGUGUUGCCAGCUCACCAUUUGAAGGCAAGAAUUCAGAUUAUGACAACAUAUGUCCUAAGGAUACAGACUAUUUAGGUUGCCCAGAACAAAUUGCAUAUAACGGACAAGCUGAUGAAACUGAGUUGGUGAACAAGUCAGUUGAACAAAAUACGACUCAAUCUAUCGAUCUUCAAGAACAUGACAAACAAAAUUGGCAUCAGCAGAUUUCCCACGAUGAGAGUAACGAUUUCUUUUCCAACUUGACUAAAGACACGGUGGUUUAUAAUCCCCGUUCGAACGACAUUCAUACUAAUGAUCCUCAGUCAAAACAAAAUCAAGAAGAAGCUCUGAAUGAACCUGAUGACUUCUUUAGUCUGAUCAACAAUCCUCAACAUCCAAAUGAAGUCAAGGAAAACAAUCAGCAUCAAAAUGAAACGCAGCUUGUGUCUCAAGAAAGUCAGCCUGAUUAUAUUAGUGCUGCAGUUCCUGACCAACAGCAGGACCAAGAGUUGUUUGAAGCGCAUCAUGUAGGUUACACUGAGGGCCCUAAUCAUUAUUCAGAUGAACCCUUCUACGCUGAGAAAGAGUCAAAUAAAUACAAUGAACAUCAAUCCCAAGCACACGAUCACGAGAAUUCGGAAAGUACUGCAUUGCAAGAAGAACACCAAGCACAGGGCGAUCUUUAUUCACCUCUUUCCCAAGUCAUCGAAGAUAAUAGUCCACAACAUGCAAAUGAAAAUUAUUACCAGACUGAGCAUGAUCAUUACGGCUCCCAAGGGUUAAGUAAUGUUGUUGCUGAAGAGGGCACAAGCAACCUUGAUGAUUUGUUUGCUGAUGAUAACGAUUUCAUUGUAGAGCAAUCACCAAAGAAAUCGAGAGCUGACUCACCAGUAGAGCCUACUCCAUCUUCUUUGUAUGAUAUUUCCACCAAACUUGAAAUGCUAGAUUUGGACGACGAUUUACUUUUGGAUGAAGAUCUUGAAUUCUCUUCAGAGGAAACUCAAGAGGAAGUGCAACAGGAAUCGUUACAAGUACCCAAUGAAUUGCAGCAAAUGCACUCGAUGAAAUCAAAUGACGUGCCUCGCCAUCUAGGUGUGAGUAACAAAUAUGUUCCACAGCCAGGAGUCCCUGGCCAAAGAAGUUCAUUUUCCUUAGCAUCCCUGGGUCCAAUGUUAGCAAAGCACCACACUCCAAUUCCCAAACCAACCAUAAUACAACCUCAACCUCAGUUACAGAGCAAUGGGGUGAUUUCGUCAGCAGGAAUUUCAACCAAUGAUGAGUUUGUCAGAAAGUUGGAAGAAGAAAAGAAGAAACAUGAUGCUUAUGAUUUCCCACAAGGUAUGAUUCCUACAAUUGCAAAGCCAAGUACCAGGAGCUCGAUUAAGUAUGCUCCUACUCGUACGCCUCAAAUGAGUUCACCUUCUCCUAACCCAGUCACUGCUGGCCCUGUCGCUCCUCAUAACGUUCUCAUUGGAAAACCCUCGGAUGAUAUUAAACAGCAACCUGUGGGUGAGAAUGUUUCCAAAUCAUUCUUUGAAGAAUUGCCUUUACCAGACCUAUCAAAGAGAGUUAAGCCUGCAAGAACAGCUGCUCCUGUUAAAGUUGCUAAUCCUGCUUCUCCAAAUAUUACUAAGGCCCCCUCAUUCUCUCCAAUUGAACAAGUGAAGCCUCCAGUGAAUCCUUACGCUGUUGAUGUCAACAUGAAAGCCAAAGCGAUUAAGAAUAACUACGCUCCUCCAGCAAAAUCUUCUUCAAUGCCACCGCCAAGUUCUACUGUGCCACCAUCACAUCCCCCAAUGGCUUCCAAAUAUGCUCCACCUGUCGUCCCUUCGAUUUCUGUUCUAGGACAGCCAGGACAGAUUUUGAACAAUGUUGGGCCACCUCAACAACAGUACCAAGGAACAAAUCAGUUUCUUUCUUCUACAAGAAUUCAAGCUGCUCCAACAAACCAGUUGCAUCCUACUACUCCACAACCCUCUCAGUUUCCUCAAAACCAAAGGGGGUUUCAAGGCAACACAAGCUAUUCACCUCAAGUAUUCCCUGCAACAGUACCUAACCAGCCCCAAGGAAAUGAGAUUUCACCUCAGUUUACUCAAAAUAACAUCUUGAAUCCAACUGCUAAUCUCCAGACUACUCCUAAUCAAUUACAUUCUCAACCAUUCCCCUCUGUUCAAGUAACCUCCUCAAAGCCUACGCUCAAUACAAAUGUUCCUAAGAGUAUAUCACAAGGCAGUCCUUACAUGCCAAAUAGUGGCCGUUAUGCACCAAGCAGCCAUAAAAGAAACCAUUCCAGGGCAAGUUCAAUUAUUGGAGGUUCAACAAAAGACGGAAACAAUCCAUAUGCUCCUGCUUUACCCUCUGUACCAGAUGCGUCUGUCACUACUAGUCCAGUUGGAUUGGCUCCUAUGAAUCUUAAUAGGCAAAGAGGGGCUUCUGGUUCGAAGAGUCAUCUCAGAAAUGUUUCUGGAAAACAAGUAGCCCAGGAUCCCAAUGCUUUGUUAAGAAGACAGUUCCCCAUAUUUAAUUGGUCAGGCUCAACUAAGGUUGUAUGCUUGAUUCCUAGAACCAGCCCUAGCUUUACCGCUCAACCUAGUCCAACUUUACAGGUGAAGAGCAUCCGAGAUAUUGUUGAUGUUUCAAAGUAUGUGAUUUUCCCGGGACCUUUGAUGAAAGGUAAGACUAAAAAGAAGGAUGUUGAGAAGUGGUUAGAAGUUCGAAUUGAGAAGAUCAAGGUUGACCAAAACAAGCAAGACGAAUUGAUCUUGUGCAAUGCUUUACUUUGCCUACUCAAAUUUGAUUUAUCUGACUUUGAACAAGUUAAAGAUUUUGCAAGAAGUAUCUGUUCCAUUAUUAAUCCAAACGUAAAUUACGAUUGUAAUAUUCCAGUUGAGUACAAUGGCUUAUUGAGUGUCGCCAAUGCUUGCAAGUUAGAUAAUGCAGGUAUUAAUACUGUUUUCACUCUUUUGCAAUCUGGAAAUUCAGAAAAGGCAUUGGAGUUUGCAAUAUCCAAAGGAGAUUGGUCAAUAGGGCUUGUCAUUGCUUAUCUGACUGGAAAUGAUAACUUUGCUAGAAUUGCAGCAGAUUAUGCCAGGGUGGCUUUCCCAUUUCAAAGGGCCAAUAAUAAAGUGCAACAUUUGAUGCCCUACUUGUUAAAGAUCUUCGCUGGAAACGUUCAAAGUGCCGUCAAUGAUUUGAUGACCGUCCCUACUGAGGCAGAAUGGGCUUGCCAAUACUGGAGAGAUUUUGUAAGUGCAGUCCUCAUCAGUUGCACCAAGGGUUCUACUGAAUUCCUUAGGGAGUUUGGUAAAUUCUUGGGUAGCAAUGGAAAAGUUGAAGCUGCCGAGAUCUGUUUUAUAUUAGGUGGAACACCUUUGCACCCCAUUCCUCCAGCUGGAAGCAAUAGCAAUGAGACUGUAUUCCCUUACAUCUCCACUAGCAAUAUCUAUACGGAGAUUUAUGAAUACAUCUUGGCUUCUGCGCCUAAUUCAACAGUUCCAGCCCUGGGAAUGCUCCAUUUAGUUGACAUAAAGGUCAAGUAUGCUUCAUAUUUGGUUGACUUGGGUUUGGUUAAUGAAGGUCAGAAAUAUAUCGACUACCUUGGAGCUAUGUUCAAGGGUAAUGCCAUUCCUGAACACACCAAGAUUGCUCUUCAAAAGCUAGUAGUCAGAUUAACGGCUUCGGGUUCCGGCGAACAAGGCUGGUUUGGAUUGAAAGUUUCAAAGGUUAACCUCGACAAAGUCUGGGGUCAACUUGAUAAGUUCAUUGGUGGAACAGACCCUGUCCCCAAGCCAGUAGAAUCUGGAGUUUUCAGCAAGUUUAGUCCUUCUAUUUCAAGAUCGACUUCUGUAUUAGAUUUUACAUCUUCAGCUCUACCAAUAGGCCAACGUCCUCUUAUUGAUCAUACGUUGUCGUCAUCUACUUUACCACCAAGUAUGGAUUUUGGUGCCAGACAUGUUACGCCAAUCCAAAGGAAUACCACCUUUUUAUCACAAGGAAUGUCACCUCAACUUCAAGGUCCUCAAACCUCAAACUUCCCUUCACAACCAAGUUACUCACAAGGACAUAGCCAAGGCCAAGACCAAGGACAAGGACAAGGCCAAGGACAAGGACAAGGACAAGGACAUUUUUCAUCCCCUCAUUCCAAAUAUACUCCUUCCAAUAGGUCUACCAAUCAGUUCCCAACUACAAUAGACGAGAAUGAGGAAACUUUAUCACAAUCAGCUGGCAACUCUAGAUAUGCUCCUGGAGGUAGAAAAUCCGUGGGUGGAAUCUCUACACAAUUGUCUAACGCAUCUCUUGCUUCCCAUGAAAUCGUGCAACCAGCUAAGAACCCACAAUAUGUUUCUCAUGUUAAGAAAAUAUCAGUGUCUAGUGCCACCUCUGAUGCAGGUGUUCUUGAAAUUUCUAAGCUUCACAGACCUCCGGUUAAGUAUGGCCCUCAAUCAUUGGAAUCGCCCAAGCUGCACGUUCAUGAAACUUUUCAAAACAGUCCUAAAUUUAACAUCAGAGACUCUGAAAAGUCAGAAGUUAUGUACAUAUCUCAAGACACUCACUCAAUGCCUCCUCCUCCAUCGAGUGAAGGCCGAUUUGAUGUGACAACCUCAAAAGUGUCUCAACUGGUGGCUGUCUUUGGUUCACCGUCGUCUUAUAGCGAGGAACGCCCGCAUCAUAAUGAGCGUCGUCCAUCUCAUGCCAGCAGCCACUCGUCUCAAUCCAGACGUCGUCAAUCUCACGCCAGUACUCAUAAAUCGCAGACCAAGCGUUCAUCUACAGACGAAAGCUCAUCUCAAAAUAAGCGUCCGUCAUAUUCUGAAGGCCGGUCAACUCAAAGUGAGAGUCGUCCAUCACAACUUCAAAGCCAUCCCUCUCCUCAAACUGAACGUCUUCCACCAAAAGUGGAACGUCGUAGAGAAACAAAUAAUAGAUAUGCACCACCUCCUCGGAUUGAUGGUUCUCUCGUCGAACCCCCUUUGAAAAGUGAAAAGGAAGCCGAAAGCCCUGAGAAGCUUGAGCCAAUCGAUAAACCAUCUGGUGAAGUUCAAGUUUUAGAAACUGCAGAACUCAUUGAGUCAAAGCAGGUGAACGUAGAUAAGCAAAGUUUGCCGGACAACGACACUUCCACUCCUGAACCUCCACAAGAAGAAGAACAAGUACAACAACAGCAACCUGAAGCAGAACUUAGUGAAUUAGGAACGAACCAAUUUCCAGCUUCAUUAAGCAAACCUCCUUCAAGGAAUGUUUCUAAUGCUCCUCCGAGAGCAGCCAACCCAUAUGCUCCUCAAGCUGCUAAAAAGCCUUCUGUUGGACGGAACAAGUAUGGCCCCCCAACUUCAGUCAAAUCUAGGUACCCCAUCAAUGCACCUGCCAAGGAUGUAUCUACAGAUGCGUCUGGGGACCAAAUUAGUAUGUUUGAUUACGGUGGAUAUUCCGGUGCAAGUAGGGCCACUCCAUCUCAGCAUCCAGCUAACAAGGCUUCACAGAGAAACCAAGACGUGGCAGCAGAACAAGGAGAAGCAGAAAAAGAAAAAGAAAAAGAAGCUGAACAGGAGGACUUAACUGAAAAGGACACACUUUUGGCAGAGGACCUGAGUAAUAGACCUAAUUUUGCUCCUCCUAUUCGGAACAUGGCUUAUGAGGAACUUCGGUCUCCAUCAAAUGUUAUUUCUAGUUCCACAGGCCAAAUGCUCAACAAUGUUCAUGGAAUGGAUACACAGCUGCAUAACGCUAACCCAUUAGCAAAUUCUACUGCUAACUUUGAGCCCGCUUCACCUAUGAUUAGGAUGAAGAAAACACCAGUUUUGAACCAAUUGGGAUCCGGAGGUCUUCCUAGAGAUACCGGAUUUUCUGCUUUUGAUUCAAAGGACGAAGUUUUGGAUACAAGUUUUGGAGAAUUCCCAAUUCCUGGAUCUCCUGAGUUGACAACCCGUGCCAAUUCUGAAAUUGGAGGCCCCGGAUUGUUCUCCUCCAGGUUAUCACAGUCACAACAAUCCGAAUUAUACCAACAAUACGAAGUACAAGAUGACACUGUUGGAGACUACGUUCCAAUUGUUGAGGAAGAUGAAGACGAUGAUGAACCCGUAGUUGUAAAGAGGCCUGCACCAAAGAAACUGGCCACUCCUCCACAGAAAACGAAGCCUGACAUCAAAGAGAGAGAUGAUGACGAGAAGUCCACCACCUCCAAGGGGACUAUUGAGGGUAAAUGGUUUGGAAGUUGGUUUGGUAGUAAGGAGGAGACAGAAGAGAGACCUAAGGCCAUCAGAGCCAAAUUAGGAAACAAGAGCCAGUUUUAUUAUAGUGAAGAGCAUAAGAGAUGGAUUGAUGGAAGCAGAUCUCUUGAAGAACAACUCAAAAAGGACGCACCGCCUCCACCACCAAAGGCUAAGAGCAGUAUUUCAGCCACCCCAUCUGUCGGUACAAGUGGUACAAGUGGUCCUGCUAUGCCUAAUUCUCUUCCCAAGACACCAACAGGAAGAGCACCAAGUGCAGGAGCACCUUCUGGAGCUGGUCCAUCACUGGGAGGAGCCAAACCUCCUUCGAAACCAACAGGACCAAGUUUGGCAUCUGCGGAUUUAGAUACCCUUUUGACCAUGGGAGGAAACAAUCCUUUGGCUAAUGCCAGAAGACCCAAGAAGGGUACUCGUCGGUACGUUAGCGUGAUGGAGAAGUAG